AUGCCUUUAUUAAGCAAAAUAAAAAAUAUACUUUGUUGUUCCUACAAGGUUUCUGAAAAACCCUUAGUAAAUAAUUCUUCGUCAAACUAUCAACAACAUGUCAUUGUAAAGUCCGUAUUAAGAAAAAGAAGAAACGCUUCGGUGUCGACCACCGAACCGAGAAGAAGAUAUAACAUAUUAUUAUUUGGCGAUAGUUUAACUGCUGGAUGGGUAAAAAAUGCCGAUGGCUAUGGUACUUAUCAUCCUUACGGACUGAAGGUUCAGAAAAGAUUCGAAGAUGAAGGUUUAGAUGUAGAAGUUACUGUUAGUGGUGUUCCCGGUGAAUGCGUUGUCCAAUCUAUGGAAGAAAGGUUAAAGCAUGAACUGGAACAACCUGGUAAAUGGUAUGACUGGGUUGUCAUUCUAGGAGGAACAAAUGAUGUGAUCAAUGGGUAUUCUGCAUGGGAUAUCUUUGAUGGUCUAAAAAAAUUAUAUACAUUAUGUUCAAAACACGGUGCCAGAGUAUUGGGAGUAACGAUUCCUGAAUUUGAUUGGGAUCUUGUAAAUCACCUUGAUUAUCAGCGCCGUAUAGUAAAUGAACACCUAAACGUGUACAACAACAGCACCACAAGGAAUGCAUAUACACUCUUCCUCCUUGACAAAUUCUUCCCUAUGCAUUCUUUAACAACAGAACAGCGUAGAAUCUUUUGGGAUCAUGACGGUGUUCAUCCUACAGAGGAUGGUUAUAGUUUAAUGGGUGAUAUGGUAUAUUGA